AUGUGGCGACUUCGCGUUGCGACAGGGGACAGCCCAUUUCUGACGAGCGUCAGCGACUUCCCUGGCCGACAGACUUGGGAGUUUGACCCAGCGGCAGGUACGGAGGAGGAGAGGCAGGAGGUGGAGAGGCUGAGGGAGGAGUUCACACGGCACAGACAGGAGAGGAAGCACAGCAGCGAUGCGCUUAUGCGCCUGCAGCUCACAGGAGGCAAGCCCCCGGCCAAUCAGCCGCCCCCUGUGCGGGUAACCGAGGAGCCGGUGGCAACAGCCACAGUCGUGGAUGAGGCAGCAGUGGAGGUGACUCUAAGGAGGGCGGUGCGCUUCUAUGAGACGAUUCAGGCGGAGGACGGGCACUGGGCGGGGGACUAUGGCGGCCCUCUCUUCCUCAUGCCGGGCCUGGACGGGCACUGGGCGGGGGACUAUGGCGGCCCUCUUUUCCUCAUGCCGGGCCUGCUGAUCACGCUGCAUGUGAUGGGCGCCCUGGAGCAGGUGCUGACAGCGGAGCACAAGGGUCUCUCUUCUGUGGCUGUGCACACAAGCGCGCUGGAGCAGGUGCUGACAGCGGAGCACAAGAGGGAGAUGGUGCGGUACCUCUACAACCACCAGUGUCGGGUGAUGGGUCUGUGCUUGCUGACAGCAGAGCACAAGAGGGAGAUGGUGGGGUACCUCUACAACCACCAGGUGGGCACCUCUACAACCACCAGGUGGGCACCUCUACAACCACCAGGUGGGCACCUCUACAACCACCAGAACCCGGACGGCGGGUGGGGGCUGCACAUAGAGGGCCACAGCACCAUGUUCGGAUCCACCCUCAACUAUGUCUCCCUGCGCAUCCUCGGCGAGCACCCCGCCAAUCCCGCCAUGACAGCUGGCCGCGAGUGGAUCCUCUCGCACGGCAGCGCCACCGCCAGCACCUCCUGGGGCAAAUUCUGGCUCUGUGUGAGUGCAGUGAGGGAGGGAGGGAGGGAGGGAGGGAGGGAGGGAGGGAGGGAGGGAGGGAGGGAGGGGAGGGAGGGAGGGAGGGAGGGAGGGAGGGAGGGAGGGAGGGAGGGGAGGGAGGGAGGGAGGGACUAUGUAUUUAAUUACCAUCUGCAUUCUGCUGCCAUGCUGGUGCCACUGCCAGCACCUCCUGGGGCAAAUUCUGGCUCUGCCAAUAACCCUUCUCCUCACAUGUCCCCUCCCGCCCCCCUCAUGCAUCCUCCAAUGCUGCGAUCGGCAGGUGCUAGGCGUGUGCUAGGCGUGUAUGACUACAGAGGCAUCAACCCCAUGCCGCCUGAAAUGUGGCUGCUGCCCUACUUCCUCCCUGUACACCCUGGGCGUAUGUGGUGCCACUGUCGCAUGGUGUACCUGCCCAUGUGCUACAUCUACGGGUUGAGAGCCCCCCUCUCUACUCCUCCCCAUCCCUCUCCAUCCUUCUGCAUCUCUUUCCAUCCCUCGCCAUCCCUCUCCAUCGUUCUCCACUCCCCUACGCAGGUCGUAUGUGGUGCCACUGCCGCAUGGUCUACCUCCCCAUGUGCUACAUCUACGGAUUGA